AUGCCUCUACCGUCAAGACCUCCUACCGCCGUGAUCAUCAUCGGGGCAGGAAUCUCAGGCUUGGUCACAGCGUGUCAACUGAAGCGAGCAUACCAUCUGGACAACUACUGCAUCUAUGAUCGACAACCAGGAGUAGGGGGAACGUGGUGGGUGAACCGAUAUCCGGGUUGUGCCGUGGAUGUCCCAGGCUUCUGCUAUACCUUUUCCUUCGCCCAGAACCCCGACUUCAAAGAAUGGUUCCCUUCGCAGGCCGAGAUCUUGAACUACCUUACAAGUGUGGCAAACCGCUACGAAGUAGUUCAACAUUUCACAGGCAACACCGAUUGGGUUGGUGCUGCCUGGCAGGACAGGACGCGCACGUGGGUGGUCACCUUCAAAGACAUUCCGACGGGACGGCAGUUCACCCAGGAGUGUCGGAUUCUCAUCUCGGCAGUCGGAGCCCUUGUCAAUCCGCUUGAAUUCAAAGCUCCAGGGAUCGAGCGCUUUGAAGGAGAAAUUAUCCACACCGCAAGGUGGCGCGAGGACGUGGAUCUUCGGGGCAAGAAUGUGGCGGUCAUUGGCAACGGAGCAUCUGCAAUUCAGCUGGUGCCUGCAAUCAGUGAACAAGCAAGCCAUGUUACUCAAUUCAUGAGGACACCGCACCACAUUGUGCCGAGCACGAAUUUCAAUAUCACCGAGCUGUGGAGAGCGAUAUUCCGCUACGUUCCCAUCCUGCUGUAUCUGCUCCGCUUGGCGAUGUUUGUGUACAUGGAAACCGGGUUCGCGCAGUUCCAGCACACCAAGGAGGGCCGUGUCGAUAGGGCAGGCUCGGAGAGAAUGAGCCGGGACUAUGUGCGCAAAGCUGCACCAGAAAAAUACUGGGACUUGCUAAUACCGAAAUACGAGUUUGGCUGCAAGAGACGCCUGUUCGACCGAAGCUAUUCCGCAGCUCUGCAUCGGGACAAUGUUCGCCUAACAAACGACCCCAUCGCAGAGAUUAAGCCACGUUCGAUCAUCACUAAAAGUGGGGAGGAAAUCCCAGCCGACCUGAUCCUCCUCGCUACCGGAUUCGCCCUGACGCAGUACGACGUGCAGCUUCGGGGCCGGAAUGGCCGAACACGUGAAGAACACUGGCGACAGUAUGGCUCCAAGGCGGCUUUCAAGUCGAUAGCCAUGAGUGGGUUUCCGAACUUCUUCUACGUCCUGGGCCCGAACUCGGGUGGGGUGCAUACGUCCACCACACUCCAGAUUGAAAGUUACGUGGAUAUGAUCAUUACCCUGAUCAAACCUGUGCUGCUGAACCAGGCCGCCCUCGUGGAGGUCAAAGUCGGCAGUGAGAAGGAGUAUACCGAAGAGCUCCAUGCAGCAAUCGAUCGGACCGUUCACGACAGCUCCUGCUCUAGCUUCUUCAUCGACAAGCUGACGGGUAAAAAUUGGUUCCUCUACCCGUGGAACUCUCUCCACCUCUGGCGAUCCACGCACUGGAAGAUUUCGGCGGACUGGAUCUACGAACGGUGAAGCUAAUGAAAAUUUCUUUUUUGUGUUGCCGGAGCGAUCCGAGUAAAUUCACUCCGUGGGCUGGGGCUGGCUGAACAAACUCGUUUCGGCUGGCGAGAUCCAAGCCAC